GUCGCGGGGGGACGACGCCGGGAAGGUGACUGCCGCUGGUCGCCGUCGCCGCCGCCGAGCUCGGAACCGCACGCUGGUCGCGGGGAGGUGGAGGGGUAUAGGAGGUAGGGAUGGGUCGAUCUGUUUGCGUGGCGGCGGCCGUCGCCCUGGCGCUCAUGUGCUGCUCCGGGGUCUGCCUCGGCGGGGAGCGGCUCGGGGCGAGGGAGUGCGAGGAGCUGGGGUUCACCGGCCUCGCGCUCUGCUCCGACUGCAACGCCCUCGCGGAGUUCGUCAAGGACCAAGAGCUGGUGGAAGACUGCCGUAAAUGUUGUACAGAGGAUUCAGAUGAUUCUAUCAGUAAGCACACAUUCUCUGGUGCAGUUAUUGAGGUGUGCAUGAGAAAGCUUGUGUUUUAUCCAGAAGUCGUGGGCUUCCUCGAAGAGGAUAAAGACGACUUCCCUUAUGUGGAAACUCGUUAUGUCUAUGGCUCUCCACCAAAGCUCAUUAUGCUUGAUGACAAGGGCGACCAGAAGGAGACUAUAAGGAUCGACAACUGGAAAAGGGAGCACAUUCGGCAAUUUCUCAAAGAGAAGGUGAAGCCAGCGAAGUCAGACAGCUGAGCAAAUGCCCUGAGCCCAAGAAGGUAUUUCCAAUGGUGUUUAGUUAUCUGCUAGCGAAAACUCGGCUGUCCAAUGCCCAUGCUGAUCUGCUCCAAAUUCUGAAUAGCAUGUGUAGAAACACUGAACACAUCGACCUUUUCCAGUUUCCACAAGAGAGGCUGUUGUAUGGCGUGUGUUUUGUAUUCAGUAGAGUCACCAAAACCUAAUCAGUGUACUUCAGGAUUCUUACAUAUGCUUCCAUGAGGCAAUAUUUUUUACCUCAAUAAUGACUGGAACCAUAUGCA